UCUUUACUCCCGCCAUAGUUACCACUUACUCGAGUUAGACCGAUACUUCAGUUAGAGUGGAUGAGGAAGCAGCAGUGUACACAAAGCAGGUACCAGUGAAGGUUCGUUUGUAAACCCUUAAGUAAUUUUCCUGCCAUCAGGGCAUCUGGAUUUCCUCUCGGGCAGCAGAACUGUAGGUUAUACCGCCACCGGGAGCGCAGUUGUGGUUCCGAUCAUUCCGUGCAACCUGCAGACAUAUCAGCGUGCAAAAGUGUUGCAUUAGGAGGCGCUGUGUCUACUCGAAAGUGAAGUCAUCGCUCUCCAGCAAGCAGCAGCUUGCCCAAACCCUGCUUAAAGCGCUCUGCAAGCUAUAUCGAAGCUUUAACUGUUAGUGACGCUGUGGUGAGAUUUGGUUUUUGUUAAAGACCUUGUAGUACAAAGAGCAUCAUGGUUAAGAAUGGCGAUGAUGGAGUUUGCAGGGAUUACCUGCGCAAUGUUUGCAAACGUGGCAAUAGGUGCAAGUUUAGGCACCCCGAUCAAGGGGAAGUGAAGAAAGAGCUGCAGUUUUGCCAUGAUUAUCAGAACAAAAUGUGCAUGCGUAGCAAUUGCAAGUUCAUCCAUUGUACCAAAGAGGAUGAAGAAUACUACCACCAGACCGGAGACCUCCCCCCUGGCGUGGAGGAGUCUGCUGCAAGGAAUGCGGAUCAGGAUGGAGCCAAUGGUGAGAUUCCAGUGUGUCGCGAUUAUCUGAAGGGAGAAUGCUCGAGGGGAAGUGCCUGCAAAUACCGUCACAUGAGCCGUGGCGAUGUGGAGCAUGAGCAACGUAGAACCAGCAGGAGGUCACGACCUCCAGGUCCUCCACCACCCGAUCGAUACGCUGAUGAAUAUGAACACGAGCGUUACAGGCGAUGGCUUGAGCACUCCAGAUACGAGGACUUUGAUCGUAUGGAUAGAGAUAGGUAUUUCCGUGAAAGGGAUCCCAGGGAGAUGCCCUUCAGAUCCAGAGGAGGAACAACAGACGCCAGAGAGCUAGAGGAAGAGAAUGUUAUGCUCCGCCGCAAAAACGAGGAGCUGCGCAAAACUGUUGCAGAUCUGACCUCCACCAACGACGUCCUCCUUGAGCAGAAUGCCCGCUUGCGUGCUCUGCGUGCAGAAGCCACCUCGGCUGUCCUGCAGGCUGAGACCCAUCUGGUAAACUCGACAGCGACUGCUGGCCCCCAGCUUUCCCAAGGAAGCAAAAGUGAUUACACCCGGCGGAGCAGUGCAAUUACAGGCAGAACUACCAUUGCAGAGUACACUUCAUUUUAAACGUACCAUAUACAUUACAAUAGUUUUUAGCAUUUUUAAAAGAAAACAAUUGUGAAAUAUGUGUAAAAUUAUGCAAAGCCUUCUAAAAAAGAAACUCUCACUGUAUACAUGUAUUAGGUGAAUAACAGCAAUAUGGAACUCGGUAUUUUAAUAUCGUUGUGUCAGGUUUGUUAGUUGAAAAAUCAGUCAUUUGAGGGAAAACUUCUUUGUUACAAAAUAGAGAAAAAUAGUCAUUACUCCUGUUAAAAUUACUUGAAAAUGUAAUGCUUGAUAAGUUCAUUGGGUUGAUAUACUAGUUAGUAUAAAAAAACACACAAAUUUUCCUAAAAAAUAAAUGGUCUGUGUAGCGCAUAUGGGUUUCAGUCCAAGGCAAAGCCAUCUCUGCCAUAGCAAACUAGCCACCAUGUACACAACUUUGUGUUUUUUAUUAGGUUUGAAAAACCAAAAUACCAAUUGCACUGCUCCGUCCGCUGCGCACAUUGUUUAAGAAAUCCACCAAAUUUGUGAACUCACUGCGCCAGCAUUUGCGGAAGAUCGUUGCUAAUAGUAAUAAAUGCAAAUUUGCCAAGAUAUCUAUGUCUGCCUUGAUGAAUGAGCAUAUUUUCGCGUUGCUUGGUUUAAAUGCUUCUCAACAUUUGAUGGAACAUUUCAUGAGCAUUGCAAUAAGACACUAGAAAAACAACUGCAAGUGAUUACUGCGCUUGUAUUCUCUGCGUUCGCAAUACGUACACACGACUACGUCCUUACUACGGCUUAUCCUUUCUUGUUAUUUUGUGCAGGGAUGAACUUGGCAAUGUAAAAGUGAGGCCGCGAGUUUAACAUCGGGUCAAGCCUCAGUCAAUCUUGGCAGAUAUAAAAACAGAUUUGUAAGUAAAUAAAAAAGAAACGAAAUAAAAAGAAAAAAGAAAUGAAAUAAAAAGGAGAAAAGAAAUGAAAUAAAAAGGAAAAAAGAAAUGAAAUAAAAAGGAAAACAAAAUAAGGUCAUUAACACAAUCGCUGAACAGGUACUUGCAAGAGGGUGUUUUUUUUUUCCUUGAUUUAUUUCUCUCCUUUGUACAUAAAGAAAUUUUCCAGUUUAAUGACACAUGCAUUAUACAUUGUAGCCUUUAUAUCGUGAGAAGAAGUAUUUUGGAGUUUGAAGAGCACCGUAGACAGAUACUGGCGUGAUUAUUCACACAUAAUGUGUUGCUUAAUCCAGAAUGAAGAAUGAACUAUAAUAGUCCACAAGAAUUUGGUAUUGUAUUGAUAUUUUACUGAUUCAUGGUGUGUAUAUUAUUAGCCUUCAGAGUUUUUAAAAGAAACAGUUCCAAUUUUUGGUGAAAACAACAUUGUUACAAUAAUUCUUUAAUUUACCUGUAUCAGGUUAAUAUUGUUAUUCAGUUUUUGUUGUAAAAUUUUAGUAUAAAAGUAAAAGAAAAAGAUAUUUUUUGUAAUUGAGUUAAAAAGUUAUUGUUAUCUGCAUUGAUCCAGAUUUGAUGAGACUGGUUGUUUUUUCACCCACACACAUUUGGAAAAAACAUUGAAACUAAACUAUACUUCAUCACAUGUAGUUCUUUAUUCGUCAAAUGUGAAGCACACUGUAUAUUUUGACAUACAAUAUUUACACAUCAUAUAAAACAUUUAACUUUGUACAUUUUAUGAGAAUUUGUUAUUUACUUUGUGUUAUAAUUUUGUUUUUCUUUUCCUUUUUUUUAAAUCUUAGGCUUAAGAAAUACUUUGAAUUUUAACAAAAAAGAGGACAUCUUGUCUCAGUGGUAAAAUCAACAAACUUUCAUUUAUUUGAGAAUGAACAUGAAACAUUACUCAUUUGUACAUACUGGAAACUUCUGUCUAUGAGUGGUUUGCUGUUUCAUUUUACAUGAGCUGUUAUGGUGAAGUCAUAUUUUCCCUACUGCGACCGUACGGCGAUUGAAAACAGCCGUGUAAUUUUUUUUUUGACCAGCUACAUAUAGGUGGUUUGAAUAAAAAUGAAUAAAACUGCUGUUUUCGACUUAACAUAUGGCCAUUGUAGGGGAAAUGUGACUGCAGCAAUAAUCACAAUAACCAUGAAAUGAUUAGUGUACAUUGCCCAGUCAUACAUUCAAACAACGUAAAAUUGACAGACAUGAUGGAGCAUAUACAGUAUUACUUUUAUGCAAAAGCAGAAAACAUGUGUUUGGUUAUCAGCACAAAUUGUAUUUUACACCUACAUCUACCUUACUGUAUUGUAUCAGCUUGUGUAACAUGAAAAUCAAAAUGUAUAUAUGCGAAGAGAUUAUUUCUUUAGUACUUUAUAUGCCCUACCAGUAGAUCACAUUUUGGCAUGAUAAAAAUGAUAAAAAUAAAAAAGGUGUGGGCAGAAACACAAAAUUUUUAUUUGUAACAACUCUUUGAACGUGUCCCAUUUGAAAGUCAGUCAAACUUCAAUUUUUUUUUUACAAACCUUGGUACAUUUACUGCUUAGUGCUUGUGAAAUAUUGGUUGGAAAAUAGAUUCAAAACUAUAUCAGAAUCUUUUGAUAGAAAUUUAACCAUCCUGGUUGGUGUCUGUAAAUAUUCUGUUUAAGGUUGGUUGAGGGGACAUGUUUGGGUCAAUUUUCACAGAUUAGAUCAUGAUGUAUAUGGAUAAUAUGUUUUUCCGUCUUUUUGUACUGUAUAAUUAAACAUGUAAGGUUUGUAAAUCACCCAGUUAAAUCUGUUUGUAUUGGUUACUCGGUAAAAACUUUGAAUUGUGCCAAUGUGAUUAAAUGUUGCUUUUGAAUCUAAA